AUGCUCGUUGAAUUAAUACUUUCUCUCUGUUGUGCACUGUCGAUUUCAGCGCUACCCUCUUUAAAUGAUGAUGGAAAUUUGGGAAUACUGUCUAAUACCACAGGGUGCAUAGAUUUAGAUGUUAGCCAUCUUCUCAAUUAUGCUGAGAUUAACUCUCGGGCCAAUGGCACAACUAGUGUUAGCUACUGUGUUGUUAAUAACUACAAUGAGAUCAGCGAAGUUGUCCGCGAUUAUACGUAUGCCUUAAACUAUGGUGAUAUGGAUGCAGCGUUGGUUCUGUACAAUAUUCUGGCAACCACAGGAGUCGCAACUGAGCAGCAUCUUGACCCUGAGUCCGAAAUACUUCGCGAUUCCAAGGCAGCACUAGGAAAACUGUCUGGUUUGAAGAAAAGAGACGUUACCUACAGCAAAUAUGACGACUAUGUGAAUGCGUACAAAGAUGCGUCACCGGCUGCCGUUUUAGACAAGAGGACUGUGUCAUACACGAUUACAUGUGAUAAAGCAAACGCACCUGGCCUAGGUGACUGCUAUAACCUUGAAUUUAGUAUUCAGAACUCUCGCAUCGACUUGAAUGGAAAUAUGCGACGUGAGCUUCAAUCCGGCACAUGUUGGGCUUCGUGGAGCGUAGCUGGCGAAUUCGAGGAGAGUGAUUUGUAUAACGCAAUCAAGGAUUCGAUUUCCACGUGCGUGAAGUAUGGAUUGUCAGCGAUAGCUAAGGGCGUGCAACUGGCAAGCUUACGGUGCAACCAGUGUACAUCAAGCAGAGGGACUGGCUGUAAUUAA